GACCGUAGCAGUGAGAGAAGACUACAUUUGCUUGUUGGAAAAGUUUGCUUCCCGAUAUCAUCGCUUUGCUGCACUUUCCCUGUGGUCAGGAGGAAUUGACUACAACGUACGCACGACUACCCCAUUGCUAACCCCCCGGCACCGCAACGUAACGACCAGCAUAACGGCAACGCGGCAUUCUGAUCGCGCAUCCGAACGACGGCAGAAAGAGUUGGUACAAAUACCGGUCGGUGGCAGCAAUAGCAAUAGACCAACAGCAACUAGAACCCUUGGCUGGAUUGGGCUCACUGAAAGCUGUACUGUGGCCCUGGUACGUGAACACGCGGGAGUGGUGUGCGGCCGCAACAACAUCCCUUGUACGCGCCAAGGCGAACGCUAGGAAGGAAUUCCACCACCGGCAGCGCUCAAGGAGUAUCCGCGUUCGUUCGCAGCAUUCCGGAUUGGCGGCUUCCGAAACAAUAGCGCGCAGAUCGAAGAUGUUGCCCACAAGUGUAAAGUUAGUGAUAUUUUAUUAUUUUAUGGUUGUAUGCUUGUUGUUCAACCCUGUAGACAGCGGAGCGGUGAAGCUAACCAGUGAAAACAUCGACAUGACCCUUGCGUCCAACGAGUUGGUAUUGAUAAACUUUUACGCCGACUGGUGCAGGUUCAGCAACAUCUUACAACCGAUCUUCGAUGAAGCUGCGGAGAAGGUGCAGGCAGAAUUUUCCGACCCGGGGAAAGUGGUUAUGGGUAAAGUGGACUGCGAUCGUGAGUCAGCGGUCGCUUCAAGGUUUCACAUCACCAAGUACCCGACGCUGAAGGUGUUGCGGAACGGGCAGCCCACAAAGCGCGAGUAUAGGGGCGCCCGGACGGUGGAAGCAUUUACCGAGUUUAUUCGAAAACAGCUUGAAGACCCGAUUCGCGAGUUCCAGAGUCUCAAGGAUCUAGAACAACUCGAUUCGAAGAAACGCAUCGUGGUCGGGUACUUCGAUCGACGCGACAUGCCCGAAUAUAACACGUUCCGGCGCGUCGCUACCAACCUCAAGGAAGAUUGCCAGUUCCAUGUCGGGUUCGGUGAUGUUGUGCAGGCCUUGCAUCCUCCAGGUCAUCCAAUUAUCGUGUUUCGACCAGACGUAGCCGUGUCGAACGAGAAUGACGAAACAUACACCGGGGAUCUGCGCAAUUUCGAUGAGAUGAAUAUCUGGGUACAGGAAAAAUGCGUACCACUGGUGCGCGAAAUCACCUUCGAAAACGCCGAAGAGCUCACCGAAGAAGGUUUACCCUUUUUGAUCCUCUUCUACGCUCCGGACGAUCUCGAUGCGAUUAAGGAUUACAAAGCGAUUGUGCAGAUGGAUCUUAUUACCGAGAAGCAGAAUGUCAAUUUCCUGACAGCCGAUGGAAAGCGGUUCGCUCAUCCGUUGCACCAUCUCGGAAAGACGCAAGCCGAUCUUCCGCUGAUCGCAAUCGACUCCUUCCGGCACAUGUAUUUAUUCCCCAACUUCAAAGAUAUAUAUGUACCAGGCAAACUUAGACAGUUCCUGAGCGAUUUGUACAGUGGUAAACUGCACCGAGAAUUCCAUUAUGGGCCAGAAAAAGAAACGACAGCAGACGCGAUAGCUUCUGAUGACAGCAAAAAACCGACUACGCCACCUGAGUCCACGUUCAAGAAUCUUGGUCCUUCGAAGAACCGUUACACACUGCUGCGUGACGAACUGUAGGCGUGCGGCCGUUCCUUGGGUCUCUUAAGUCUGUGCCUGUUGUUUUUAUCUCACUCUAGUUUUACAGUGCCCGUUAGCGAAUAAUGCUGUGAAAUAUUCUCUGGUUCAAGUAGAAUGAGAAAAAGGGCAGAAGGCGGCAGAAACCUACUAGAGAGCUCAUUACAUGGGGAACGGGCAACUUUCCAGUGUUUUUGAAUUCUUGUUUCUCGGUCCGUUUCCCAACAUUGUAGCUUUCCUAAAAGUGUAUCACGAGGUUAAAACGUAUUUUAAGUCAGAUCAAGUCAAGUUAGUCAAUUGGUUCCGCCCAAAAACACAAUCACGUUGUCUUUGUUUUAAAUCUCUUUUUGCAUGUGGCUCUGUGAAUAACGAAGAGGAUAGGGAUACAAAUGCAAAAGCGAGUUGAGCAUAUCCAAAGAAUCGAAAGCCAGCGUUUCUUUUGUGUUUGCGUGUUACAUCGAAGUAUCUUGUAGGUUUGUGUUUAUUUAAAGACGCACUGGAGGGAUUUUUAUCUAAGUUUUAACAACUUGGCAUCCUUCCCGCCUGCUUCCACUUGUCACAGAAUAGUGCUUGCUUGCGGAUUCACUCUGUCCCCAAAUCGAGGGUGUGUUAAGUUCCCUUUCCUUUCGUAUCGUUCCACAGCUGCUGCUGGAAAUCUAGUGAAGAGGAAAUCUGAAAUCAACAGACCAUUGUCAUAUUAUGUUAUUACUUUGUCGUUUUUACGCGGCUUUUUGUUUCAAUUUGUUUCGGCACACACCAGUGCCGUGUUGGUGUGUUUCGGCACACACCAGUGCCGUGUUAAAUUGCUUCUUUUAGUUCGCUCGCAGUUUUUCCUGAUUGGAGUGCAUCGUGAAUUUUCACACGUUACAUGUCUCUUUCCGAACAUGUUUUAUAUAGGUAUUUCUCUUAACAUUAUUUGGAAGAAGAGCUUAGUACAGCCAACCGGCAUAAUAAGGCAGGCAUAAGCAAGUGGAAAGUGGAGCGAAUG